GAUAUUUGAAUGUCGUCGACAUCGUCCACAUAUCCGACGGAGUUCACAUUCACUGCGCGCGUACUGCAGAGAAGAUCCCGAUGACCCAAGCACCUCAAAAAUCGCAAAAUAAUUGAAAGAGAUUCACCUUCAUGAGACGAUAAUUUAUUGUUCAAUGGCAUCACUGAUUGCAACUUCGGCAGUUUUGUGUUCUUUCACUGUCAAUAAACGGGCUGUAUUUUCUUUUUCUUCUGCAAUUUCAUACCCCCAAAACCCAAUUCUUUGUUUCUCCACUUGCGUUUGUCCACUGGGUCUCACUCCCUAUUCUCAAUGGAGUGGACUGAAGAAUCUGGGUGUCUCAAUCACUCCAAAGCUUAUUAAAAAGGAGAGAAGGCGGAAGUGUAAAGACAUGGUGGUUCAGGCAUCUCUGUUUGGAGUUGGAGCUCCUGAGGCUCUGGUAAUUGGGGUCGUAGCUUUACUGGUUUUUGGUCCCAGAGGUCUUGCCGAGGUGGCUCGGAACCUGGGCAAGACCUUACGUGCAUUUCAACCCACAAUUAGAGAACUUCAGGAUGUGUCAAGGGAAUUCAAAAGCAGCCUGGAGCGAGAGAUUGGUCUCGACGACAUUUCAGGUUCAGCGCAAAAUAUAUAUGAUUCCGACAAAGGAAACGCUACCUUUACUCCAUCUGGUCCCAACAGGAAGGACUCGCCAACAAUGUCUGACCCCAAUGGUAUUCCAUCCCCGAAUAGAGCAUACACCAGCGAAGAAUACUUAAAAAUCACGGAGGAGCAGUUAAAAGCAUCUGCUACCCAACAGCAUCAGCCAAACCCUCCUGGAGAGAGCCAGUUGGAACCUAAAAGUCAGCCUCAAGUUACCAUUCAAGAAGCUGCAAGUGCUGUGCCUCCACCGCAAAAGCCUGAAAGUGAGAGAUGAAAUCGUGAAAGAAAAUAAUAGAAGUGAGAGAAGCCCGUCCAAUUUUCAGAAAGCUGGACACAAAACUGCUUAGACUGGAAACCUCACAGGCAUGCGGCAAGAGAAAAAUUAUUUUCACCUUUUGCAAGUUAGGGUAGCUACAAAGGAAUUAUGUAUGAAGAGGGUAUCAGUUACGCCGUGCUUAGAUCAUGCUGAAUCCGAUGUAGCAUUUAGUUUUGUGUAAAGCCUACCAAAUGCAAUUUUCUCGUACUUAUGUUACUUCUCCUAGAUUUGUAUUAUUAAUUUUUCUCCUGCUUAUAAAAAAAAAAAAGUAAAAAACUUAUGAGUUCUA